AUUUUAUUCAAUUUAUAUUCGUUACAAACUUUAGUUUUGUAAAAGUUGGCGAGAGAGAAACAUGUUCCGCGUUAAUUAAUAUUUAAUCGUUUAUUCACUUUAGUAAAUGCUACGAAAACAAUGUAAAGUGUAAAUAAACACGUGAUAUCUGUUGUGUUACAGUGUUUGUGUGCAAAAUGAAAGUUAUUGAAGCGAAAAUCGUAGUUUUAGGAUCACAAGGUGUAGGCAAAACCAGCCUCGUGGUCCGAUAUAUAGGCAAGAUGUUCUCCAAGCACAUAUCGCCAACGAUAGGAGCAUCAUUCUUCACAUGUAACAUCAAUUUGGAUAAUGCUAGAGUUAAAUUACAGGUAUGGGACACAGCUGGCCAAGAAAGGUUCAGAUCCAUGGCCCCCAUGUACUACAGGAACGCGAAUGCAGCUCUGCUAGUCUUUGAUAUAACUAGUGUGAACAGCUUCGCAGCUAUUAAAGGAUGGGUCAAGGAGUUACAAAGUAAUGUUCCCGAAGCCAUGGUAUUAUCAGUAGUCGGAAACAAAAGCGACCUUGAAGAUUUAAGAGCGGUCCAGUCGAGCGAAGCGGCACAAUUCGCAGCCUCCAUUGGAGCGCAGUACUGUGAAACUUCAGCGUUACAUGAUCAGCAAGGUAUCGACGAAGUGUUCCUGAACACGGCGGCGGCUUUACUGAAGCUGUCUAAUUCUAACCUGGUGUCAUCGCUGAGAUCCUACGACUCGGCCGAUGUAGACCCUGAUAAAAUUCCUACAGGUACCCCGACUGAAGAAGCCGCUACUCACACGGGCAAGGUUGAGCUUCCAGCUUGGAGUAUAGACAGCAUAGCACAUGGGGAUGUUCAGAAGAACAUGUGCUGCUGACGUCAUCCCCCAUAGGGGGGUAGGCAGAGCUCACAAGAUCACGGCACAAUCACCUUCUAAAUAUUAACAAGUUAACUUAAAGUGUGGGAGAGCCAUGCUUCGGCACGAAU